CCGCCGCGGUCCCCGGGGGGCCCGGCCCGGCCCUAUCACAGAGCCUGGAGCAGCGUCAGCUGCCAGGCGGGGCUAAGCCUGGGGGCCCUGGGCUAGGGGCUCCUGGGAGGCCCCAUCCCUCCGGCUCGCUGCGGGGACUCGUGCUCUGCGUGCCGGCUCUGCUGCUGCCUCGUGUGGGAGCCCGGGCACCCGGCGCGGGGAGGGGCUGGAUGCCACUAGGUGGCCGCGCCUGUAAAGUUCGGGUUUGCAAUGUAGCUCCCGAGUCCUGUUUGUGGAUCUAGCUCCCAUUUAUCCCACAGCCCAGCAGCCAGGGAUGAAAUACCAGCCUGCCUCAGGGAGCUCAUAGUUGAGUGGUAGGCAGCAGGGACGUGAGAUGCAGAGGGUACUAAGGCCAAAAGGAGCCUUGUGUUCAUCUAGCCUAACCCGAGUAACACAGGCCACUCAGUAUUUCCCACUAGAGUAGAUCUUUUUAGAAAAAUACCCAGUCUUGAUUUAAAGACUCCAUGUGAUGGAGAUUUUACUGCAUCCCUUGGCAAAAUUAUUCUAAUAGAUCACUGAUUAAAAAUAUUAAAUAGCAUUGGGCCAAGAACCAAGGCUUGAGCGACUCCCAGUUGAUAAUAGUUAAUGAACGGCUGACACUGACUGGCAGAUUUCUUUUUGACUUGAGUGGAGAUUUAAAGCAGGAGAGGGCAGUUACUGGCCAUCCAGAUCAGUUGAGGGAGGCGUUCAGUGAAAAAGGAGUGGCAUGGAAGGUGUGAGAAGCUGAUGGACAGUUUGCUGCUUCUAAAUGGAUUCCAGUGAAUUUCCUGGAUCUUUGGACCCACUUUCUCUGCCUGAUAAGCCACUGAUUGGUGAUCUCCCUGCUGACAUGGAGUUUGGGGAAGAUCUUCUGGGCUCCCAGACAGCUUCUACACAGCAAGCGUCAGAUCUUCACCCCCCUGUGAUGGAAUGGGAUCAGACCAAGCAGGUCACAGCAGAUGGGGACUUAGACCUUUUGGUGAAAGCGGACAGUUUGGCUGACCUAAGCAAAUCAAACGAUCUUGAUCUAAAUAAACCCAGUGUCUUGGACGUUCUGGAGAAACCUGGUGUCUUAGAUGACUUAGAUGACGCCACUGACUUGAUGGUUCUAGAUAAACCAGGGGAUUUGGAGGGUCUGUACAAGGCACAUUCUUCCCAGGACAUGGCGGAUGGGCCUGGGGACUCCUCUGUGCUGGCUAGGGAAGACAUUGUGCCAGAAGCUUGGAAAGAAGGGGAAGAUAAACCAAAAUAUGACUCUGGGGACCUAAAAGAUGAUUGUGCUGCUGCGCAUUGUGAUGGCAACACCCUGGAGUCCCCCCAGCAGCCCAUUCCUGUCGCAGGGGAGCUGAGCUGUGCGCCAUCCACAGAGGAAUUUACAACGCAGCUCUCAAGUUUGCCAGCGGUUUCGCCACAGCUCAGUCUUAAGCAGGCAAAGAAAACAAGGUUGAAGGCACCAAGGAAAAGCUCCCCUGUGCAAAAAGAGGAGGCAGCAGCAGCAGCAGAAGGGCUAGAACCGAGCCCUGCCCUGCCCCCUGAGCACACUGAGGAAGGCCAGGCUGAGGAGGGGGAUGAGGAUGGUGGUAAUACCCUCAGACAAGAGAGCAGCAUGCCGAAAGCACAGGAGACCACACUGUCAUCAUCCCCAGGAGAAGACCUGGCCGGGAAGGGAAGUGAACAGCCAACUGAGAAGGAGCAGAAGAGAAGCGAACGAGCCAGGAGAUCAGAGGCAGCCAGGCCUGAAACUGUGAAUUCCUCCGAGAGCAUCCCGGUCUCUGACGAGGACUCGGAUGCUAUGGUGGAUGAUCCCAAUGACGAGGACUUUGUUCCCUUCCGUACCCGGCGCUCGACCCGCAUGUCCUUGCGCACACAGAUGGCUCAGCGGGCUGCCCGCUCCACCGUCACCAAGAUGACUUGUGCCAACUGCCGGACCCCACUGCAGAAGGGCCAGACCGCUUACCAGCGCAAAGGGCUCCCUCAGCUCUUCUGCUCCAGUUCCUGUCUCACCACCUUCUCCAAGAAACCACCUGGCAAGAAGAUCUGCACCUUCUGUAAAAAAGAGAUCUGGAACACCAAGGAUUCUGUUGUGGCCCAAAUUGGCUCAGGUGGCUCUUUCCAUGAGUUCUGCACCUCUGUGUGCCUCUCCCUCUACGAAGCGCAGCAGCAGAGACCAGCCCCUCAGCCUGCAGAGGCCUCGGACACCAGCCGCUGCAGUGUCUGUCACAAGCCUGGGGAGAUCCAGCACGAGGUCAGCAAUGGGAACGUGGUGCACCGGCUCUGCAGUGACGCCUGCUUCACCAAAUUCCGAGCCACCAAGGGGCUGAAAACCAACUGCUGCGAUAACUGCGGCCUCUACAUCUACAACAAGGGGCUGCCGCUGGAGUACCUCUUCCAUGAGGGCCAGCAGAAACGCUUCUGCAAUUCCACCUGUCUGAAUAGCUACAAGAAGAAGAAUACCCGCGUGUACCCCUGCAUGUGGUGCAAAACGCUGUGUAAGAACUUCGACAUGCUGCCCAACGUGGAUCGGAGCGGCAAGAUGGGCCUGUUCUGCUCCAUCUGCUGCACCACCUCUCACAAAGUGAAGCAGUCGGGUCUGACCGGUCCCGCUAGGCCCUGCAGCUUCUGCAGAAAGAGCCUGUCUGAGCCCUGCUAUUACAACAAGACUGACCGGGUUGUGUACCAGUUCUGCAGCCCCAGCUGCUGGACCAAAUUCCAGCGCACCAGCCCCGAGGGGGGAAUCCACCUGAACUGUCAUUACUGUCACAAUCUCUUCAGUGGGAAGCCAGAGAUUCUGGACUGGCAGGACAAAGUGUACCAGUUCUGCUGUAAGGACUGCUGCGAGGACUUCAAGCGGCUGCGUGGGGUGGUGUCCCAGUGUGAGCACUGCAAGCAGGAGAAGCUGCUGCACGAGAAGAUCCGCUUCUCUGGGGUGGAGAAGAACUUCUGCAGCGAAGGGUGUGUGCUUCUUUACAAACAGGAUUUUACCAAGAACCUGGGUCUGUGCUGCAUCACCUGCACCUACUGUUCCCAGACCUGCCAGCGAGCGGUCACCGAGCAGCUGGAGGGCAGCACCUGGGACUUCUGUAGUGAAGACUGCAAGAGCAAAUACUUGCUAUGGUACUUCAAGGCAGCUCGGUGCCAUGCCUGCAAGCGUCAGGGGAAGCUGCUGGAAACCAUCCACUGGCGGGGGCAAAUCAAACACUUCUGCAACCAGCAGUGUCUGCUGAGGUUUUACAAUCAACAGAACCAGCCCAACCUGGACACGCAGAAGGGGCCCGAGAGCCUGCUGAACAGUCAGACUCCCGAGCCCAAACCUCCUGGCUCUUCCCCACAGAAAGCAGAGACUAAUAUGGUGUCUGCAAAGGCCUCCUCAGCCCAGAUGUCCCCAGCCCCCCCACCGCCACCAGUUCCAGCCACGCCUCGGAAGAACAAGGCUGCUAUGUGCAAACCAUUGAUGCAGAACCGGGGUGUGUCCUGCAAGAUAGAAGUGAAGUCCAAGGGAUGUCAGACAGAGGCAGACUGGAAGCCACAGGUGAUUGUGUUGCCGAUCCCCGUCCCGAUCUUCGUGCCUGUGCCUAUGCAUAUGUACUGCCAGAAAGUACCCGUGCCUUUCUCCAUGCCUGUCCCGGUGCCUGUGCCAAUGUUCCUGCCCACCACACUGGAGAGCACGGAUAAGAUAGUGGAGACCAUUGAGGAGUUGAAGGUGAAGAUCCCUUCCAACCCCCUGGAGGCUGACAUCCUGGCCAUGGCCGAGAUGAUCGCAGAGGCUGAGGAGCUGGACAAGGCAUCUUCAGACCUGUGUGACCUGGUGAGUAACCAGAGCGCGGAGGGUCUCCUGGAGGACUGUGACCUGUUUGGGCCAGCGAGAGAUGAUGUGUUAGCCAUGGCUGUCAAGAUGGCAAAUGUCUUGGAUGAGCCUGGCCAGGACCUGGAGGCCGACUUCCCCAAAAACCCUUUGGACAUUAACCCCAGUGUGGAUUUCCUCUUUGACUGUGGCCUGGUGGGGCCCGAUGAUGUAUCCACAGAUCCAGACCUCCCUCGCACCAUCCGGAAGGGUCAGAAGCGUCUGAUGCUCUCCGAAAGCUGCUCCCGGGACUCCAUGAGCAGCCAGCCGAGCUGCACAGGACUGAAUUAUUCGUAUGGGGUGAAUGCCUGGAAAUGCUGGGUGCAGACAAAAUACGCUGGCGGGGAGUCCAGCAAGGGAGAGGAGCUGCGCUUUGGGCCUAAGCCCAUGCGUAUCAAAGAGGAUAUCCUGGCCUGCACGGCUGCCGAGCUCAACUAUGGUCUUGCCCAGUUCGUCAAGGAGAUAACACGGCCCAACGGCGAGCGCUAUGAGCCAGACAGCAUCUAUUACCUCUGCCUCGGCAUCCAGCAGUACCUGCUAGAGAACAACCGGAUGGUGAAUAUCUUCACAGACCUUUACUACCUGACCUUCGUGCAGGAGCUGAACAAGUCCCUGAGUGGCUGGCAGCCCACACUCUUACCAAACAACACGAUCUUCUCCCGUGUGGAGGAGGAGCAUCUCUGGGAGUGUAAGCAGCUGGGGGUGUACUCCCCCUUUGUCCUCCUCAACACCCUCAUGUUCUUCAACACCAAGUUCUUCGGCCUGCAGACUGCGGAGGAGCACAUGCAGCUGUCCUUCACCAAUGUGGUACGCCAGUCCCGCAAGUGCACUACCGCCCGGGGCACCACCAAGGUGGUGAGCAUCCGCUACUACGCCCCCGUCCGGCAGAAAAAAGGGCGAGACAGCAGUUCUGGGAAGCGGAAGCGAGAGGAGGAGCUGCCGAUCCUGGAGCAGCGGGAGAACAGGAUGAACCCACUCCGGUGCCCAGUCAAGUUCUAUGAAUUCUAUCUCUCCAAAUGUCCAGAGAGCCUGCGGAACCGGAACGACGUCUUCUACCUGCAGCCAGAGCGGUCGUGCAUUGCAGAGUCGCCUCUCUGGUACUCGGUCAUCCCCAUGGACAGGAGCAUGCUGGAGAGCAUGCUGAAUCGCAUCCUGGCCGUCCGGGAGAUCUACGAGGAGCACAGCCGGGGCAGCGGCCUGGAGGAGGAUAUGGACUGAGCGCAGGCCAAGGCUGGAGCAUGGGCAGGCGGCACCCAGAGCCCGCUGGGCUGGGUCUGCUCUGGCCUGGGAAGGCGUCUCCCCUGCUCCUCCUAUCUGGCCAGGGUUGCGGCAUGUGAGUGUGGCAUGGCAUGGCAUGGCAUGGGGGUGUAAUGCCGCUCCCAGCCCUGCAGACGUGGUAGCACUGUCCAGCUCAGUGCGUGUAGGACUCUGAACAUCCCUGCCUGAUGCUAGUAACAUGCCGUCCCCCUCCCCCACCAGCCCCCUGGCACCCAGGCCCUACCUGUGCUCUGCCUGACUGGGGCAGUGUCCCACUUCCCCCACCUGUCUUCCCAUGGGUGGAAAUAGGGAGCCAGUCCCUCUCCCAGCCAGGAGCCCCAAAGGGCACUGGCCUGAUGAGCCCUGCCUGUCCCCUCUCCCCAGGGCUGUUCUCAGUCUCCCCCUGCCUGGUGUAACAUGAACGCCAGGCUGUGGGGCCAUGGGGACAGGCUGGGCCCAGCAGCCCCUGAACCUACAGUCAGCUCCAUGCCCAAGCAGCAGGAGUGGGGAAAUGAGCCAUGCUCAGCACGCAGGGCCCUGGGAGGAGCUGUGCCAGCCAGGGUAGCAGGACCAUUCCCGGACGCUCACUCUGUGGGCUGGAGGGGGCUGCAUUCCCAGAGGGGCCUGGCUGUACUGUCUCUGGCUCCUCAUCAUUCUCCUCAGCAGCAGCGCAGAGCUCACUGCCCAGGGGGCUCCUGGGAUCUCCCUUCCCCAGCUCUGCAUUAGCUGUGGCUUCACCCUGCAUUGUGCACUCACAACAGCCACUGGGGGCCGUUGAAGGUCGGAAUUCUGCAUCAGGCAUGGGAGCCCAGGGGCAUCCUCGCUGCCAGAGCUGACGAGCAUGGGUCCCUCCCUUCCUCCCUGCCCCCCAAGCUGCAGCGGAAUGGACGGUGCCCCCGUUGCUAGCCUGACACUAUCAGAUGGAGGAGGUAGCCUCUGUGCCUGGACUCAUUGCUGCUGGGCCUGUCUCCUCCAAGCCGGCAUUAGACUGAGAAUCCUGCUGGGCCACGCCAGGCCAGAACUUGCAAGCAGUGGAGGGGGGCCGCAGGCCGACGGGGGAGUGGAGCCCGCUUGGGUCUCUCCGCUCGCCUAGCCCCUGCCCCAGCUUUGCUGUUCCCUUCUGGCUCCCUCCCCUUGGUGUUUUGAUUUUUUUUAUCAGCUGUCAAUGGGACUCGGCACUGUCUGUUGAGUCUGUAUAUAUUGUUCUGGGACCUGGCCCGGGGCCCUCUGUCUCCAUGUCAAGAGUGAGCCAGUCACCGGUCUUGUUGUAGUGCUAACGGGGCAUUAGGCUAACCUUGUGUCUCUAGAAACCAUUCAUUUCAAAUAAAGACGCAAAAACCUG